GCUCGCUUUGAUACAGACCUACGAGAUCGAUCAUGCCACCGAAAGCUAGUGGUAAGGCGGUGAAGAAGGCCGGAAAGGCGCAGAAGAAUAUCAGCAAAACUGAUAAGAAGAAGAAAAGGAAGAGGAAGGAGAGCUAUGCUAUCUACAUCUACAAGGUGUUAAAGCAGGUUCAUCCCGAUACUGGAAUCUCUAGCAAGGCUAUGAGCAUCAUGAACAGUUUCGUUAAUGACGUUUUCGAACGCAUUGCGGCCGAAGCGUCGCGAUUGGCUCAUUACAACAAGCGAUCCACGAUCACAUCUCGCGAGAUCCAAACUGCUGUAAGACUUCUGUUGCCCGGCGAGUUGGCCAAGCACGCCGUCAGUGAAGGAACAAAGGCGGUCACCAAGUACACUAGUUCGAAGUGAACAAAUUACGGAAACGGCCCUUUUCAGGGCCACCAAUUAUAUUUAACGUUGACAGUUCUUGUAUCGUGAUUUUUUCAAUUUGCUAGAAUGUUAAGAUUAGUCUAAUUUAAUAAUUAUAUUUAAUAAUUAUAUGUGUUACUAAUGUAUAGGUAAAAUUACAAAUGCUCCUAAUAUUUCGAUAGAUUUUUGAGACAAUCUUUAUUUACUGUUUAAAUAAUAAAGUUCUGGUCUGCAAAUUUUAAGUAUCAGUUAUAAAGUAGGAAUUUGUAUUUUUUAAGCGAUUAUCCAAGUAAAAUAUCCAAGUAUAAAUAGAUGAAUGCUAAAUAAUUAGAAAAUUUU